GAAGGAAAGUCUUUCUUUUGCACAUGUGCUUAGCUAGCUAAGACUAGAAGAGCUACACCUUCCUAUCCUUUGACCGUUUCCGAAGGUAAAUGCAUUUUCAUAGCAAGCUUCUAUCUGAGUGAUGAGCAAGGAUUUCAGACAAGAUGGAGUAUCAAGUCUAGAGCAGCAAGUAGCUGGUCUGGACCUGUCCUCUAAAGAUAAAAGCGGUGACGCCCGUUCAGGUGGAGACAAUCUACCCAAUAGAAGGGGCCCUAGUACUUACCUACCUCCGCACAAGCGUUCCCAAGGCAGUGGUCCACCUUCUGGCGGCCAAUAUGACGGGCCACCCCCAGCCAGGGACCGAUACGAGAGACAGUACUCUGGUGAUGGGCGUGGCGGAGGCUAUGGUGGGCGUAGUGGGUAUCAACAAGAUCAAGGGGGGUGGGGUGGUGGAGGAGGUCGCCCUCCUCUCCAACGUCAUCAGUCAGACUAUGGUACAUAUGGUGGUGGUGGUGGUGGGUCUAGCUGGAGGGGUGGAGGAGGUGGCGGCGAUUAUGGUGGGCGGAGACGCUCAGAGGAUCCUGGACGAAGUCGUGGAGCAUCCUCUAUGACACAGGAGGAAUGGAGUAGACCUUUACCUAGAGAUGACAGACUAGAAAGAGAAUUAUUUGGAGGAAUGAGCUCUGGCAUCAAUUUUGAGAAGUAUGAUGACAUACCAGUAGAGGCCACAGGGGAAUCCCCUCCCAAACCCAUAUAUGAGUUCUCCGACUGUAAGCUCUCUGAGGUCAUUACUGAGAACAUCAAGCUUGCUCAGUACAGCAGGCCCACUCCCGUUCAGAAGCACUCCAUUCCCAUCAUCAUGAACAACCGUGACCUGAUGGCUUGUGCUCAGACUGGCUCAGGCAAGACAGCUGCUUUCCUUUUGCCCAUCCUCAGUGUGAUACUCGAUGGUGGGCCACCACCGCCUCCCCCUGAAUCUCAGUAUAAUCGCCGCAAGCAGUUCCCCCUUGGCCUGAUUCUGGCCCCUACUCGUGAGCUGGCCUCCCAGAUCUAUGACGAGGCUCGCAAGUUCUCUUAUCGUUCGAAGUUGCGACCGUGUGUUGUGUACGGAGGGGCUGACAUUGGAAAUCAGCUUCGGGACUUGGAUCGAGGGUGUCACCUGAUUGUGGCCACUCCUGGGAGACUGGUGGACAUGUUGGAGAGGGGCAAGAUUGGACUGAACAACUGCAGGUACCUGGUUCUAGAUGAGGCUGACCGUAUGCUGGACAUGGGUUUUGAGCCUCAGAUCCGGCGUAUUGUCGAGGGUGACACCAUGCCUCAUACUGGAGACAGACAUACCAUGAUGUUCUCAGCAACCUUCCCGAAGGAGAUACAAGUUUUGGCCCGUGAUUUCCUCAAGAACUACAUAUUUUUGGCUGUGGGUCGCGUUGGUUCCACCAGUGAGAACAUCACACAGAAGAUAGUGUGGGUGGAAGAGUCAGAAAAGCGCUCUUUUCUCCUGGACCUCAUCAAUGCUUCAGGUCCUGAAGCACUUUCUCUGGUGUUUGUUGAGACCAAGAAAGGUUGUGAUUCUCUUGAUGACUUCCUGCACCAUCAGAAUUAUCCCUCUACCUGUAUCCAUGGUGACCUUGCCCAGUAUCAGCGAGAAACAGCACUCGGCUUAUUCAGGAGUGGUAGAGCCCCCAUUCUUGUUGCCACAGCUGUGGCUGCUCGGGGCCUGGACAUUCCCAACGUGAAGCAUGUUGUCAACUUUGACCUCCCCAGUGACAUAGAGGAGUAUGUGCAUCGAAUUGGUCGCACAGGGCGUGUGGGUAAUCUGGGACUGGCCACUUCGUUCUUCAACGACCGCAACCGCAACAUCUGUGCAGACCUGCUCAGCAUACUGGUGGAGGCCAAACAAGAGGUGCCCUCCUGGCUGGAGGGACUCUCCCAUGAUGUCAAGCAUAUGGCUAGGGUCAAGAAUCAAUCAAAAAGGUUUGGAGGGCGUGACUAUCGUCAGAGCCGUGGUGGGGGUGGUCACGGAGGCUAUGGUGGUGGGGGUGGGGGUGGUCAUGGAGGCUAUGGUGGUGGUGGAUACCAGCAGCGUGGGGGAGGAGGCAACGACUGGUGGAAUUGAUCCAGCCUAUAUAUUUAACUAACAAUGGAGACUUAUAAUUAUAACCAACGAGUUAUUAGCUUGUUUUAACUGAUCGAUUGAACUGAUUAUGUAUUGUAUUCUGGUGUUUUAUAAUUAUAUUGCAUAACUAUUGUGUUUAACUGUUUGAUAACAAGUUCAAGUAAACAAA